AUGGUUAUAUCUAGUUCUGUAUGUUUCUCCCUCAUUGCAAAUCCAAGUAAGGUCUUCCAUAUUGCCACCACCUUGACAACGGAGACCCUCAACUCCCUCAAGCUAGACCUGAGGCAGGCAGGUUCAUUAAUCGGAGAUUCAUUGGAGCUGCCAUUAUCUGACGAGCAGUACAGCAAUGGGUUUGAGAUCUUGGCCAGGAACGCGGAAUAUAGGACGUACCAAGAUUUCAUUAUUCUUCAAUUGCUUCAGCUCUUUAAUCUACUUCUCAGAUCCAUUGACAACAUCUCAGUGUUAGAAAUUGGACCUGGUCCUGAAAGUGUGCUAGGAUAUUUACCUGGUCAUCAGAGGGACAAGAUCACAAAGUACUUUGCUUUUGAGCCCAAUGAGCUUUUCGCCACAAAAUUGGAGCAAUGGCUUUCUCCUAUUGCCAAUAAUGAGAUUCCACUCCCCUCUCUGCAGGAGCCCGGCAGUAUCAAUAGAUCUCCGUUUCAAAUCCAGCACAAAGCAGAGACGGUGCCCGAUGACAUGCUGUCCGAUCUGGACGGACAAUUCAAUGUUAUAUUGUUCUGUCACAGCAUGUAUGGCAUGAAACCAAAGCGGAAAUUCAUCGAACGGGCACUGGAGAUGCUCGUUGAACAGCCACAGCAUGGAAUGGUACUGGUUUUCCACCGAGGGGAGGCUCUCCAAACUGACGGUCUUGUGUGUAGUCGAAGCGCGACCUUCCCUGGUGUCGUCCGUGUGGACGAUGAUGAUGAAGUACUGGACAGAUUUGCACCCUUCCUGGCCGGGUUCGUGGUGGAGGAUGCGAAUAUCGCCGGCAGUGUCCGAGUUAAAUGGCGUCAGAUCUGCCGUACCAUGGGGCACCGUGACGAGGCUUAUCCUGACCAUCUCUCCUUCAGCUCACCCAAUACCAUGGUGGCUUUUGACAAGCAUGCAACCUCGUUGCCAGAAUUGACGAGGCAAGUGCCAUUGAUCAGUGGGGGCAUGGCAGUCAAAAGCUUUGAAGCGAGAUCUCUUCAUCCCACAGCCCUUGUGAGGCCGACUGAGACUCGACAUGUCCAGAAAUGCGUUCAAUGGGCUCUGGAGCAUGGAACUCGCCUUACUGUGGUUAGUGGUAAUCAUAGUGGCCAUUGCCUUCAGUCGAAUGUUGUGGCAGUUGACAUGGGCGCCUUUGACCAGAUCCACGUUUUGACUGAAGGAGAUGAUCAGCUCGAAACCCAACCCGGACCUCUCGUUUUCGUUGGCUCUGGCUGUAAAACUGGAGACAUCAUCCGGGAAACUAAGGCAAGAGGUUUGACAGUUCCACUCGGGGCUCGUCCAAGCGUAGGUGCUGGGCUUUGGCUGCAAGGCGGGAUCGAACACCUAGCUAGAUCACAUGGACUUGCGUGUGACUCGAUCAUCGGUGCCGUUCUGGUCAGCGUCGACUCUGCCCGUGUGCUCUACAUUGGCUCUGUACCAAGCCAACAUCAGAUCGCUGGUGCCGUUCGCGCUGAAAAUGAUCGCGAGUUGCUGUGGGCGACCAGAGGGGCUGGGACCAACUUUGGCAUCGUGAUCAGUGUCACUUUCAAGGCCUAUGCAGCACCAACAUUCAUGACCCGACACUGGGAUGUCCCUCUCAACAACAAUUUCGAAGCACAACGAAGCCUUAGUGCCUUUGAUAACCGCAUUUCCUGCAGGCUCCCUCAAAAUUGUGCUGCAGAUGCAUAUCUCUACCAGGAGGGCGGGCAAUUACGUCUCGGAGUCUCCAUGUUCGAAUCAACUACAACUAGUCAGGACCUCGGGGUCCUUGUACCUACGGUAGACAGAAUUUGGGACACGCAAGCUAAGGUUAUAGCAUUGGACAGCGUCAGUUUGUUCGAUGCGGAAAUGUACAUGUCGGGAAUGCAUGGCGGUCAUGCCGGUGGCAAGACUUCUUCAUUCAAACGAUGUUUGUUCUUGAAAGACAUUGGAAUGGCGCAUACCACGGAGAAAUUAGUGUUGGCUAUGGAGAGUCGUCCUUCUCCCCUAUGCUAUAUUCACCUGCUGCACGGUGGAGGUGUUGUGCGUCAAGUCGCACCCAAAGAUACUGCUUUCGGUUGCCGAGAUUGGGACUAUGCAUGUGUGAUCACCGGCGUGUGGCCACGCGAUCAAGACAACAGUGGAGUGACACAAGCUGUUGUACACUGGGUCUACAGUGUCACUGAGCGACUGCUGCCAUUGUGCUGUGGCGUCUACGGAGCUGACCUAGGUCCGGACCCUAGAGAUGCCGCUUUGGCACUCAAGGCCUUUGGAAACAACCUGCCGCGAUUAGCCGCCCUCAAGAAAACCCUUGACCCGCACAAUGUGCUAGCUUAUGGCUGUCCACUACUGAAAGCACCCGAGAAACAGAAACUCAUUAUCCUUGUCACAGGCGAAAGCGGCGUUGGCAAGGACUACUGCGCUGAUAUCUGGGCCGAAGCUCUCUCUCGCAUUCGUGACGACUUCGCAGUACGGGUAGUCAGCAUCAGUGAAGCCAUCAAGCGAGAAUACGCACAGGCAACUGGUGCCAACGUGGACUUCCUGCUUCGGAACCGUGCCUACAAGGAACAACAUCGAGCGAAAUUAACGAAGUUCUAUAAUGAACAACUUCAACAACGCCCGCAGCUGCUGCAAGAAAAUUUCCUAGCUGCUGUGAAUUUGCCUUUGGACUCAGGUGUACUGAUGAUCACUGGAAUGAGGGAAGAUGCACCGGUCGCAGCCUUUGCGCACCUUGUACCUAGCAUUAAGAUCGUCGAGGUUCACGUCCAAGCUGGUCAGAGGACGCGGCAAGUUCGUCGAGGGUGCCACAGUAUUGAUGAACAGGAAACAUACGCCACGAACUCCAAUGAGAUCAAAGGGAAAUCGAAGUCGACACUACAGUAUUCUCAGCCCGAAUUUAUCUUCGAUAACAAUAAGUCCGGGUCUGAUAGUGCUAAGACUUUCGACUCAUGUUACCUUGCUCCUUUGAUUGACGAGGGCGUGCAGCGCUUAGCUGAUAUGGUGCGUUCUGUACCUGAUUUUUCAACACCAGGCAUUGAAUUUCGCCACAUUCUCAAUAUCUGCCAGGAGCCAGAUGGGAUGGUCCUUUGCAGUUCUCUUAUGCAACCUCAACUCAGUACCUGGAGCAAUGUCGACGCGGCAGUAGGCUGUGAGGCCGGCGGAUUCCUUUUUGCAUCGGCUCUUACGUUACGGCUCAAUAAGCGAUUGCUGUUGAUUCGUGAAGCUGGCAAACUGCCUCCACCCACAAUCUCGGUCGUUAAGCCCAGAUCGUUCAUCUCGUCAUUUGCAUCACAGGCCUCUGGGAAACUUCGAAUUAAGUUGGAACGAAAUAUGCUGAAAAGACAUGCCUCGGUGAUCGUGGUCGACGAUGUGCUUUCCACCGGCCACACACUUUGUGCGAUACUCCAGCUGUUGACUGAAGCUGGUGUCGACCAUGAGAAUAUUAGGGUACUUGUCGUGGCCGAAUUUCCAGCUCACCAGGGCCAACAGCUGCUGCGUGAGCCUGGCUUUGGACGAGUAGGUAUUCAGAACAUUUUGGUCUUUGGCGGUGCUUAG